AUGCGCAGGGUUGUUGUUACUGGCUUGGGUGCUGUCACUCCCCUUGGAGUUGGAAUAAGACAUAUAUGGAAAAGGCUUCUGGCCGGACACAGCGGAAUCGUAUCUAUAAAAGAUAGAGACCCAAGAUUCGCUGAGCAGCCAUGUCAGAUUGCUGGAGUCGUUCCUAAGGGGCCUAGGGCCCAAGGGGGCUGGGAUGCCUCUGAAUGGGUGACCCGAGAUGACCAACGCAAAAUGGCCCUGUACUCUCAGUAUGCCUUGGCUGCUGCCCAAGAAGCACUCGAAGAUGCAAAUUGGAUGCCUACUACAGAUGAGUCUAGAGAUAUGACAGGAGUCUGCUUGGGUUCCGGGAUCGGGAACUUUGAUGAAGCAUUCAACACCUCUAUAGCAUACAAUAAUGGUGGAUAUCGAAAAGUGUCGCCACUUUUUGUUCCCAAGCUCCUUAUUAAUUUAGGAGCUGGGCAUAUAUCGAUGAAAUACGGAUUCAUGGGACCCAAUCAUUCGGUGUCAACAGCAUGUACAACAGGAGCGCACUCCAUUGGUGAUGCCUCUCGUUUCAUCGCGUAUGGUGACGCAAAUGUCAUGGUUGCUGGAGGAGCUGAAUCUUGCAUACACCCGCUAGCUAUAGGAAGUUUCGCACGGUGUCGAAGUCUUGCUACUGGCUUCAACGAGAACCCUGACAAAGCAUCCCGGCCAUUCGACAAAGAUAGACAAGGCUUUGUCGUUGCAGAAGGUGCCGCAGUUGUUGUUCUAGAGGAACUUGAACACGCCCUGUCUCGAAAUGCCCGUAUCUAUGCUGAAUUUAAAGGAUAUGGAUGCUCAGCCGACGCACAUCAUAUCACGGCUCCGCAUGAGUCUGGUAAAGGUGCUUUCUCUGCAAUGCAACGUGCACUUAAAAAUGCCGGGGUAUCGCCCAGUAAAAUAGACUACAUCAACGCCCAUGGCACGUCAACUCCAAUUGGGGAUGCAGCUGAGAAUAUGGCAAUCAAGUCACUGUUUCUUGGAUCUGAAGGUAAAGCCAAAGCAUCAGAAAUUAAUGUAAGCAGCACAAAGGGAGCUAUUGGGCAUCUGUUGGGUGGCGCAGGGGCGAUAGAGGCCGCUUUCUCAAUUCUAGCUAUUGAUAAGGGUAUCAUGCCACCCACAAUCAACUUGGAUAAUGUAACCGACGAAUUCGACUGCAAUUAUGUCCCCAACCACGCACAGGAAAAGAAAGUCGAAGUUGCACUUACCAACAGUUUUGGAUUUGGGGGAACAAAUAGCAGCCUUUGCUUUGCCAAAUAUUAG